GCGGCGAGAGGAGCGGGAGUCGACUGGAAGAAGGGCACUGGGGAGGGGGCUAUGGCCGCUAGGGUCCGAGGUGUGGCCGGGUACACCACCCCCAUCACUGUUUGCAGAGAGUCAGGGAGGCGGAAAGACACGAGCUCCCGGCCCCCAUCAGAGCGGUUGGCCCGGGCCCAUCCCCCGCGCGUCUCCCCAGCUGCGGGGCGCGGGGGGGCUGCCGGGUGCGCUUGGCUGUGGCGCGGCGCGUUGGAGACUUUAUUGCGAUGGGACGAUAAGAGGGGCGGGGGCGGGGUCCUGGGGGCCGAGGCGGCCGCGCUUUAAUUAAAACGGAAAUUGCGGCCCCUGGCCGCGCGGAGGCCGGAGGGUUCCAAGCGGUCCCGUAGCUGGGAGUGUUGCUCCAGGACCUCCCCCAGUUGUCCCCCCCGUUGCCCCCCCCCGCCACGCCCUGGCUGCCCCCUCCCGCCAGGCCUUGCCGGACCCGGCGCUGUCUUCUCCUCCUUGUCACCCGCGGUCGCUUCGGGAGGGGAUCGGUGCCCCGGAGCGCAAAGCCUGCCUCGCCCCCCUUCCCCGUCCCCCCCAUCUCCCACCGCCCAGUCCCCGGCUGCGAUGAGACAGAGCGGCGCCUCCCAGCCCCUGCUGAUCAACAUGUACCUGCCAGAUACCGUCGGAGACGGUCUCUUCAAGGAAGGGAAGAACCCGAGCUGGGGGCCGCUGAGCCCCGCGGUUCAGAAAGGCAGCGGACAGAUCCAGCUGUGGCAGUUUCUGCUGGAGCUGCUGGCUGACCGCGCGAACGCCGGCUGCAUCGCGUGGGAGGGCGGCCACGGUGAGUUCAAGCUCACGGACCCGGACGAGGUGGCGCGGCGAUGGGGCGAGCGCAAGAGUAAGCCCAACAUGAACUACGACAAGCUGAGCCGCGCCCUGCGCUACUACUACGACAAGAACAUCAUGAGCAAGGUGCACGGCAAGCGCUACGCCUACCGCUUCGACUUCCAGGGCCUGGCACAGGCCUGCCAGCCGCCGCCCGCGCACGCCCACGCCGCCGCUGCAGCCGCCGCCGCCGCCGCCGCCGCCCAGGACGGGGCACUCUACAAGCUACCCGCCGGCCUCGCCCCGCUGCCCUUCCCCGGCCUCUCCAAACUCAACCUCAUGGCUGCCUCGGCCGGAGUCGCGCCCGCUGGCUUCUCCUACUGGCCGGGCCCGGGCCCAGCCGCCACCGCUGCCGCCACCGCCGCGCUCUACCCCAGCCCCAGCUUGCAGCCCCCGCCCGGGCCCUUCGGGGCCGUGGCUGCAGCCUCGCACUUAGGGGGCCAUUACCACUAGACGGGGCGAUCCGGUGACUGCGGCCUCGCCCGCACGCCUAGAGUCUCGCCCGAUCCCAUCCGCAUCCCGAGGAGGGGCCCCGGAGCCUCAGCCAACCGUCCUCUAACCCAGAGUUUACUCCACCUGCCGCACCCAGCACCGGGGACCAGACAGAGUCCCCUCAAUCCUCCUCUGGCACUAGAUUUGCCCCUGUCCCACCCCACAAUCCCCUGAGGAGGGCCAUGUGCGCCCUGCUUGACUUUUUUUUCUUUUCGGUCUCCAGGUCCGGGAUCGAGUUCGUUCUCCCCACCACUCCAGUGCAUUUCCGCCUGGCUCUUAGAAGCCCCAUUCAAUAUCACUUCUUUUUAUCCAGUGCCAAAUAUUUUCCCACUUUUGCUCUCCCCUACUGAACUGGUCCCACCCCAGCACGUGGAGGCCUGUCACGGUCCUCAUUCCUGGGACUUGAGCAGGUUUGGUGAGAGCCACCAUCCCCAGGACACAUGGUCCCCUUCCUCCUGUCCCCACUCUCACAGGAGGCCCAGUGUGUUUCCGACCCUUCCAGCCCCAUUAAAGCUCCUGAGCGCC